GAAGAAGAAGAGUAGGAAGGAGACGCAGAAGAGGAGGGGGUGAAGGCUAAUUCGAACACUUUGCUAUUUGUUAGCAAACACGGUUAUACAGUUAUAUCAAAGGUAAACUUCCUCCUGAUGCAUGUCAGCCAUAGAAGCCUUUUGACACAUGGAAAUGCAUGGAAAGGGUUAUGGAUGUGGUGGAAAUGAGGUUGAGCCCCUGGAUUUCCCUGUCUCUUUUUGUCUGAGAAAAUGUUUUAGAGUAUGGAUCUAAGAGACUGUCUUUCCAUGAGGUUCCAUUUCCACUGCACUUUAUUUCCUGAACAACUGUAAGGAAAAUGGAAAGAGAUGUUGAAAAGGAGAUGGAUGGCAUUACAGGUAGUGAUGAAGAAAUCCCUGAUGGUGAUUCAUCCUCAGGAAGGAUGUUUAAUCUUUGGGAGGGUUGGGGCCUCAAUAAGGAUGGCGUCCAGGAGGUCAGUACAACUAAUUUCAACUCUAAAACUCAGGACAACCCAAAUCCAACCUUUCCAAAAGACUCUUGUAUUGGUGAAGCAGAUUAUUUUGGAACUACAGAAACCAAAGAAGGUGAGGACAUUUCAGAUGGGUUAGAUGACCAGUGUGCUGCAGGUCAUGAGAAUGCACAGGUUAUUAAUCAAGAAGAAGAUGAUGCUGCUAAGGAGCAGCAAAUGGAUGAGUCUGACUGGAGGAAUUUAGGACCUGGAAGGAGAUACAAACUGAGGAACGGUGGAUGGGGAUCAGCUUCAGAGCAGUGUAGUCAAAGUGCUUUUCCACCUUCCUCCAAAGGUAACAUGUCAACUGGCGGCAGGCACAAGCCAACCCGCAGACGUAACCACCACCACCAUCAGCAGAACCGGAGCCGCAGACGAACGGGCAACCAGUUUGUUAUACCUUUCAAGGAAAUGCUGUCGGAAUCUCUGAGUGUCUGGUGUAUUUCUUGCAUCCAUAUGAUGAUUGAAAUUAUUGUCACAUUAACUCAUAAUUGUGGAGUUGGUGUGGAAGCUGGAGGGAUGAAAGUUUACCACUUUGGACAGCAGUUUCUUAUAAAGAUCACAGACUUACCUGGGCUUAAGGCUGACGCUAGUCAUAUUUUGAAGUGCAUGAAAUGCAGAGGAGAAGACCUGUUUGGUAAAAUUGUUCAGUUUGCAAAGUGGUUAAAGACAGCUGUGUUAUCCUGUUACAGGGGUUUUUGUAUUUUGGCAAUUCUGGGCUUUCGGUGGGCAAAGGGUUUGUUGGGUCGACUUAGUGGUGAGAGGGGAAAAUUGUAUUGGACUUCCUUUCUGGAUUCAAGAUUCUGGAAGAGGGUUGUGUGUUUACUUGAAAGAGUCCGAAGUUGGAUAAGGAGUGAUAGCCAUGCACCACCCUCCACCCCAGAGUCACCUGGAAGAGCAGGGAGAGGCCAGCAGGGACAAGAGCUGGAAAGGCUGCUGGCCUUGACUGAGGUACCAGAGGACGAGCUCGAUCCUUUUACAGUGCUCGGUGUGGAGGUCCAUGCAACUGAGGCUGAGCUGAAGAAGGCCUACAGACAGCUGGCUGUACAGGUCCAUCCAGAUAAGAAUAAACACCCACGAGCUGGAGAGGCAUUCAAAGUACUAAGGGCUGCCUGGGAUAUUGUCAGUAACCCAGAGACAAGACAAGAGUAUGAGUUGAAACGCAUGGCCACAACUGAGCUCUCCAAGUCCAUGAAUGAAUUUCUCAGUAAGCUGCAGGAUGACCUGAAGGAAGCCAUGAACACCAUGAUGUGCACAAAGUGUGAAGGCAAACACAAACGGUUUGAGAUGGAUCGUGAACCAGCUGAAGCACGGUUUUGUGCCGAAUGUAAUCGUUGCCAUAGUGCUGAGGAGGGCGAUUUGUGGGCAGAGUCCAGCAUGUUGGGCCUACGAAUCACAUACUUUGCCUGUAUGGAUGGCAAAGUCUAUGAUAUUACAGAGUGGGCAGGGUGCCAAAGAAUAGGCAUUUCCCCUGACACACAUCGGGUGCCCUAUCACAUCUCCUUUGGUUCAAAAAACAGCAACACCACACGACACAGGGCAUCCUCAGAGCAUACUGCAGGUCCAGCCAACCCUGCAGAUUUGCAGGAUUUCUUCAACCGUAUCUUCAAAGGAGGCCCUCCUAAUGACAUGACUGCCAAUGGGAGCUUCUUCCCCUCAGGUUCGUCCCAUCAUCAUCCGCCUAGUAGUGGAGCGCCACCGACCCAGACAGGUUUCUACAUGCCUGGAUGUCAUCGGCCAGAGUCCAGCGAGACAUGGGCAGAAAGUGGCAAACCUCUCAGAAGGAAGAAGAAGGUUCGCAAACCUUUUCAGAGGUGAAGCUUGCUGACCUCCAUUUAUCAACACAGGGACAGAAAUAAUGGCCAUGUUUGCCUCGCACCUACUCGUUGGCACACCAAGAUUUGAAUUCAAGAAGAUUUAUGUAGGUAAAGUGGCUGUCGCCGCAAUAUCAGCCAGAGUGAAGCUGGAUGAUGAAAAAGCUGUAAAAUUUAAGUAUUGAAGGAUGGAUAAAGAGGUGAUGAGGUGUUACCUCUUCUUGAAUUGUUUUGUUUUUAAGAUGACUGUAGCCUUGGCAUUGAUCUUAUCUGGAUGCUCUAAUGAAACAUUUUCAUAUUUGCUUUCCUGUCAAAUUCUGCAAUGCACACUUCAUUCACCUGCAUUUUUUUCACUUUUUUCAGGGGUUUUUUUUUUUUGGGUGUGGAGGUGUAAGGAGAAUUAAAGAGAUGGUUGAAGUCAUUUAGACUGAAUUUUAGCUCAGCAUGAGGUGGCCGAUGACCUGGACAGUUUCACUGUAUCAGUGUAAUUCUUAUUAAUAUGUGGGUCUGUCUACAUUGGCCACAGUAUUUCAGUAAUGAACCCAAACCUGCCAAACUAGUGCAUUUGAAUGUAAUAUACAAAUACUUAUUUAGUCAUUUGUUUAUGCCUUCUGUGUUGUAAUUGCCGUCUGACAGAGGAGGAUGACUGUUAGUGUGAUCGCCCGUUUGUUUGCAUAUGCUAAAGUGCAGAAUGGUUCAUUAUGAAAUUUUGCAGUGUCAUUGAAGAAUUUAAGAAUUUUUUGCUGGAGAUCUAAAAGUUAUUUCGAUGUCUUGAACAUUGUGAGAGACUCCCCCCCCCCCCCCCCCCCCUUACCAUUCUGCCUCAUGAUGUCACAGAGCUCUGACUGGGGGAGAGUUAUAAUGGGGAAAAACUCUGUUGGUUGCCGGAGUUAAUCAUGGUCUGUCAUUACCAUGGCAAAAGUAUGGAAUCUAAGCAUAUCCAUUGGUUGCACCUGUAAUUGUUCUGGAUUGCAAAUUUUUGAAGACUAAUUUAUUUUUUUAUUUUAUUUUUUUGAAGUGCUUAAAAUUUGGCUGUUUUCUCAGUAACACCAGGGAUCGUGAAGUAGUUCAGUGGUACUAGGCAAACAAGCAGGAAGGCAAAUAUGAAUAAAAAUCUGUUUUUGGACAUAUGUGGCUCAAAAGAACCCAUGCAGCAAUCACAUCACUGUCAUUAGCUGGUCAGAUCAGAGCUUGAUGCUUUGAUGAGCCGAACCUGAACUCCUAACCAUUGUGUGAAUGCAGUUUUCAAACGACUGUAACACAUUAAACAGGCUGUUUGGAGGGUUGUGUUCACGGGCGGAAACAUCUUCAGAGGUUCCUGUCAAACGUAACGAUUCAUUGAUGAAAUAUAGCAUCAUGCUCACAUACUGCCCAUUCAUUCAGGGUUCAUGAUGUGAGAGUUGAUACUGUAAUUUGUGUGCCAAUUACCAGAGAAUCUGGUCCUGCUUUGUGAGAUUGUGCAUUAAUCUUUGAAUGUUAACUGUUGUAGCACUUAAUGAGACAUUAAAAAUGUAAAUAAUUUCAGCACCUCAGAACAAUCUCAAUUUCUCCAGAAAGCCAGAAAUUAGAAAUCCAAGUAAAUGCAAAUUGCACUUUAAAAUAAUCGCAGCCAUUGAAACAUGAUUAAAAACAUUUUGCCUUUUGUUUUUAGAUUUAGAAAAUCGGAGCACAUGGUCAAAUAUAAGAGGAAGGUUGAAUUUUCUGGCUCUGUAUAAUUUACACAGAUUUCAAGUUGAGCUAUUCUGAUAAAUAUAUUGGCAAUUGUCUACUUGACACUUUGAAAUGUUAAUUUUCUUGUCCAUGCUUUUGCCAUGUGUUAAUGGAGAAUAAGUAAUGCCCUCUGCUGGUCUUUUGCAUGUUUACACUGAAUUGAGUUCAUGAAAGCUAAUUAUAGAGCGUUCCAUGUCUAUUUUUUCCAGCUGUAUUAUUUUUUACACUCAAUCUGCAACACACCCAUUUCAUUGUCACUUAACUGAUUUGCUGUUGUUAAAUUUUAAAGACAAUUCAUAUCUCGGGCUCUUGCUCAGAAAUGGGGGUAAGCUGGAAUGUGCGAGCCAUCCAUUUCCUAUACCCGCUUACUCCAAUUAAAGGGUGGGGGGCUGGAGCGUAUCCUAGCAGUCAUACAAUGAUUGACAAACCCACUGGUGCUGUGUCUGAGGUCCCAUGAAUCUUUGGUGAAGAUGUCCCCUGGUCAACUGAGAGGAGGCCCCAAGGAAGACCCAGGACAAGUUGGAGGGGUUACAUCUCCCAGCUGUCUUGGAACAGUAUUGAGUUUCAGGACUUGACUGAGGAUAGGGAAGUGUGCAAUGAGCUGCUUAGUCUCUUGCCACUGUGCCCAAAAUAAGUAGCAGAAAAUGGAGGUUUUCAUUCCACGGGUUCCUUAAUAUCAUUUAUCAGCUGUGAAAUAGUAGGACACAUUAAAGGCUUGAUUUCUACAUCAGGAAUGACAUCUGUCUACAAAGUGCUCUCUGUAGUGACAUCUUUGAAUGCAAAGGUGUAAUUACAUUGCCAUAUAACAUUUUAAUCAAUUCGGUCUUGUUACUCAAGCCCAGUAGUUUUUUUUUUUUUUUUUCUGUGUGUGAGAGUUCAGGUGACUCAACCUGGUGGCUCCUGGAAGGUUGUUUAGAUUAUUCUGACUUGGAUUUUUUUCCUCUCACCCUCUGCAAAAUGUGCUGCCUGGAUUAUUGGGUUCAACUUUCAAAAAUGUCAAGGUAUCCUAAAAAGAAUAAAAAAAA